AUGCUCGAUGUUGUCCCUCGCCAUUGUGUUCUUGCGGGACUAUUGCGUGUGCUCAGUCGCUCCUUCUGCAUGUCUGCAACCCCACAUUUCCCAAGGAAUCGAGCAUCGGAAAUGAAUCGAACUGCCUCUACCCUUCUGUCCAUAAAGCUGCCCACGCUCGAGCAGACCGCCCUUGCCAUCGCAAUUAUCCGCUUGAAGCCGUCCAAUGUAUCCGUACGAGACUACAUUUCACAGCUACGCCAGCAUACGCGCCAAGGAACAGAAGUAGCUUUGCAGCAGCAAUCGAGCCAAUACAUCGAUCUGGUCGCAUACUGGCAAGACCAAUGUCGACGAGUACAGGAGGAAUGCGACCGCUUGCAGAGUUCGAAUAUCAAACUCGAGCGAUCAAAUCACAAUCUCACCGCUCGCAUCGACCGACCAACGGAUGAUAGCAAUGUUCAGAUACCAGCUUCUCCAAGACGCAAAGGGCGGGCAGUUUCGCUAGUUCAGUUAAGGAAGCGACCACAACACAAAGCACCCCAGCAAUCAGUUGUAGAGACUCAGGAUACGAUGGAUGACGACUCGAAUUUUCUUGAUGCCCUGGGACACGAUGGUGCAUGCUUGACAAAGGCAUUGUUCACGACACACAGUUUAUGUCGAGCCUCUAACGUAGAAUCCAGUACACUAUGUCUCAGUCUCGUGAAGACCUCCACAGCACUCAACAGCGUGAUACGCGUUGUAGCCCGCAACUACGAGCAGCUAUCGUGCAGGGGGUUAGGGAAUUCGGAGCCUAGGUCUUUAGAUCACGACAAAUCAGAUUUUGCGAUUGCAUUGUCCGUAUGCGCAAGAGCAUUCAUGUCGAUACUCGUCGGCAUUGUUUGUGAGCUUGUGGAGACGUUCAAGUGCGCAUUGGAUGCAAUUCAAUGGUCGGCUCGUCAAACAGUGGAGCUGGUCGUCUCGCAGCCUAACCGGGUGAAAAAAGGCAAGCCAGCGAUGGUAGAUCAUUGUCCCAAAGAAUGUGAAGCAGCUCGAGCUAUUGCUCAACUCCUGGUGGGCUUUCUCGGGCUUCUAGAAAAAUCAGACGUCAACCAUCAGAAGCUUUUUGAUGGGUUUGUCUUCGUUCUCCUUGAGCGUGUUGGGCAAAGGCUUUACUACUGCACGUUUGGGCAUCACCGAAGCACUACUGUCGAGGUAAAUAUUCUAUCUGGUUUAGAUCAUGCCAAGUCGGUGCGGACCGUGAAGGACGAGUCUACAGCACUUGCUCUUCGCUUGGAACUGAAGUCGCUCGUCCUGAUACUCGAACGAGCGAUGGGGUUGGCGCCAUACCACAUGAAUCCCCAAACUGGCCGCCCGAUAAAAACGUCUGCGCAUCUGGCUCGUACACUGAGUACUAAGACUUUGCCGACAAAUUCACGUGCUCGCCUGAGCCCAAUUGCAAAAGAGCGACUUCAACGCACGCUAGUCACAUGCAUGUACGGUGACGCAGUCGAGGACGAGUUUCUUGAUGUCCUCACGAAACCCGUGCCAGCAAUGCGAGUGGGUUCUCUCCAAAAUGUAGCUAAGGUCGAAGACAAAAAUGUGGAAGAAUGGUAUAAGCAGGAGGUAUGGCGCCUGGUAGGAUGGGAUGUGCUGGCUAAAGAGAGUGGAGUGGUGAACAUGUAA